GCUCGUGGUUAACGACGCUUCUCGCUGUGGUUUGUGUCCACGUUCCGUUCUUCUUCCCGCCGAAGCAGCACACUUCCAUCACCAUGUCGUUCGUUCCCGUGCCGCAGGGAAGUGAUUUUCCGCUCGAAAACCUUCCGUAUGGAGUCUUCAGCACUGAUGCAAACCCGACUGCCCGCGUUGGAGUAGCGAUUGGUGAAAAAAUCCUCGAUCUUUCGUCGGUGGUGGAGUUUUAUCCGGAAAAUGUGCGCGCCGCCUUGAGGGCCACCGUGCUGAAUGACUUAAUGUCCUUGGGGUGUGAGGCGUGGUCAGAGGUCCGACGCGUCACUAAGGAACUGCUGCUGGAGGGAUCGCCGCUUCACAAGGACGCAGGAUUGCAGACUCGUGCGCUAGUCGCCCAGACCGAUGCCAAGAUGCACCUGCCGGCCAACAUCGGCGAUUACACCGAUUUCUACUCGUCGAUCCAUCACGCCACCAACGUGGGUGUGAUGUUCCGUGGCAAAGAGAACGCGCUUAUGCCCAACUGGAAGCACCUGCCGGUGGGGUAUCACGGACGUGCCAGCUCGGUCGUUGUGUCCGGUACACCGAUUACGCGUCCGUACGGUCAAACGCUGCCGGUUGAUGGAGCUGAUCCUGUUUUUGGACCCUGCCGGCUGUUCGAUUUCGAGCUGGAAAUGGCGUUCUUCGUCGGAGGACCACCGACCGCGCUGGGAGAUCGCGUGUCCGUUGGUGACGCAGCAAAGCGCGUCUUUGGCUUCGUGCUCAUGAACGACUGGAGCGCUCGGGACAUACAGAAAUGGGAGUACGUUCCGUUGGGACCGUUCACGGCGAAAAACCUUGGUACUACCAUCUCACCGUGGGUCGUACCCGUUGCUGCACUGGAACCGUUCCUGGUGGACAACUUCCCGCAGGAUCCUAAACCCUUCCCGUACCUGCAGCACGAGCAGAAGUUUAACUUCGACAUCAAGCUCGAGGUCGACAUCAAGCCCAAAGCAACGGGCGUAGCAACGACGGUCUGUCGAUCGAACUACCGAAACUUGUACUGGACGGCGCUGCAGCAGAUCGCACAUCACACUGUUACCGGGUGCAACCUGAAGCCGGGCGAUCUGAUGGCAUCCGGUACGAUCAGUGGCGAUGCGUCCGAUUCAUUCGGCUCGAUGCUGGAGCUGAGCUGGAAGGGCACGAAACAGGUUCCACUGAGUGGUGGCGAAUCGCGCAAGUUUCUGCAGGACAACGACGAGGUGGUCAUCCGCGGGCAUUGCAGCACCGAUGGGUUGCGGAUCGGGUUCGGAUCCUGCACCGGUGUCGUGCUUCCGGCUACACCGUUCGAAUAAACCCACGCGAUAUGCGAUUCCGAAGGUGAAGCGAUGCGUUUGAAAAUAUACUCAAUCCUUCCGUUUACUGUUGCAACGCUUUUUAAUUUCGACGU